GCUUAUGAAUCUGCAGCGGACUUUUGGGUCUGCGUCUUCUUGGGAUCUGAAAGAUUGUAGUGAUUAUUAUGCCCAAUUAAUCUAUGACAACUCUUUCCCCCAUUAAACUUUUUUAAACGGCUUAUGAUUCAUCCAGUUUAAAUUCGAAAUGUCAGUUAGGAGGUAUACUGAUCCUGUAUAUCUCCAGUUUGUGUGGAAUGCAAUUGAAGCAUGCUCAAGAGAUUCCAUCGAAUCUUCUUUUCACGAGUUGUUGUCCUUUAUUCAAAGAGAAUGUGAUUCUAGAUGCACUGCAGGAAAACUGCAAAACGAACUCUCAAACGCUAUAAGCGAUGGUUGUAUAGAAUGUAACCAACGCUGUUAUGUGAAACGCGAUCCAAUGCCCAAAGUGAAGGAUAAACAUGAUUGGUAUUGCUUUGAAUGUCACGGACCAGGUCAUGUUGUAUCUUGUCCAACUUGUUUCAGAGUAUACCACCCCGAUUGCUUGCCAGUUGCCUUAUCAUCACAACUGUCCUCUGUUAUACCGUGUGAAUCUGGUGGAUCCGAAGCCGAUUCAAAUAUGUCUAGUGGAUUCCCACCUACUAGCCCAUGUCCUGUUUGCCAGCGGUUGUCGCGAGCAUCUAAUAUAUCAAAUCCUAGCACCCCAUCGGAGUUACAUAAAAUCUUCCAGGUUGUCCUUGAUCGGAUCCGCAACAAAGUCAAUUGGAAAACAAUGCAGGUUGUUGGUUACUUAAACGAACCUUUACGAAAUAACUACCUCGUAUUACGGCAAAUUAAUACUCGUCUUAUAACCGAACGUAUGCGAGCAGAUCCAUCAUCUAAAGAUUGUUAUCCUAAUCGAACCUCCCUUCUGAUUGAUGUGGAUUUACUAAUUCACAACACCGCCAUUUUUUACGGUUCUAAAAACGAUAUGAGCAAUAUGGCUCGACAAAUACGAUCUCAGCUAGAACGAGAAUUGCGAGAAUCAUCUUUUUGCAUAGAUUGUUACUUGCGUCUUCACUCAGCAUCAGUAAAUAAAUUAACAGCACCUUGUCGGGUUGCUCAUCGUCUCCUUUGGUUCCAACACAAUGGGUGGUCCUUUCGUCCUUGCAAAAUGUUAUAUGAGAGUACGGAGGGCUACGAAGUAGUUUGCUUUGGUGGACGACAUGAGAGAGUUUUUGUUCCACUAGCGAGAGCAUUUGAUAUGAAUUUUACAGCAGAUGAACUUGGUUUACGAGAAACACCACCUUUGAAAAAAGCACUGAAUGAAGCUGAAGAGUACAAAACAAACCAAGCUAUUUUUGAUCAGCAAAUGAAGAAUUCUGAUCUGCCAAACAAGAUGCUGGCUGAACCUAUCUCGAUAGAUUCCAUAAGAAACAAUCUAAUCAGUGAGUCUAUAUCUAAUGGAACAUUCCUGAAAAGUGCUACUUCUCCGCCUUUAAAAAAGAAAAGACCUGGUAGGCGUCCACUAUCUACUAGAUCUCACAAUGAAGAUUUCAACGUAUCGCCUGAAAUGCAAGUUUUCAAAUCUCGCAAAUCCACUGGAGCAAAUUCACCUGUGUGGUGUCCUGUGUCACAGCAUUCUACGUCUCGACGUGACUCACAUUGGUCAGAUAAUAUGAAGAAUGUUACUGAAGAUAACUUAACUUCCUUAUCGUCACUGAACAGUGACAGUGAUGGUCCGGAAACCAAGUGCCGCAUUUCAGAGCCUACUCCUGAGAAUCCAAGUGUAAAUAAAUCGUCUAUGAAACUAUCGAUACCUCUCCUACCUACUCCAACAAAAAGAAAGUCACAUAAAAGAAAGCGAUGCAACGAAGCACACUCAAGACCUAGUUUCUCCAACGGCAUAUCAGCUGUCCCUCCGAGCUGUGACUCUAGUUCAUCCGAGCUUUCAACAACGUCUUUUGCGGCUAAAACACAACGGACUAUACGCAUUAAGCCGUUGCCUUUUAGAAGUGAAAACAACGACAUUCCUCUUUCUGUGAAGGAAACCAAUCAGUCUCUCCCUCGAUUGACCUGUGUUGACAGUCAUGUCGUGCGUACAGAACCUGUACACAGCAUGUCCUCCUCAUCCUCUGCUGCAUCUGGUCCUUCAUCGGACCGUACAACUGUUCCUGCCCUUGCCUCUUCUGGUGGCCAUACCCCUCCUGAUUCAUCAGCUUUUUCGGCCUCUUCAACAUAUUCUGAUUUUUCCAAGAAAUCACGUGGACGUCCGCCCAAGACUCAUAAAUCUACCAAGUCCUCUUUGCCUUCAGCGAGCGCCAAAUGUGCUACCGAAAAUUCUGAUGAUUGUUCUUCCACCCCGUUACUGUUAUCUGCAAGAAAUACCUAUGAACCCCCAGCUAAUAACAAGCAUAGUCUUCUUACAAUACCGAUAAGUUCUCCUAUCCGUUCAGAUAGGCUAACCGUUGCAGAUGAAGAUAAACAACAUCCAGUGUGUUCUUUAUCACCGCCUUCAUCCUUAUCAGAUGCAGAGUCGGAUUUGUCUUCUCUUUCUUCUUCAUCCUCCACCGUGUCAUCAUCAUCUCAGUUGUCUUCUUCCUCGUUGUCUUCAACAUCCACACUUUCAUCUCCUGCUCUACGGUUAUCCUUCUCUACACUAAAACCAAAGAUAAAUGACGAACUGUCGACCGCUCGAGUCAAGCAAAAGUCGUCAAAAGACAUCCUAACACCUUUCCAAAGUCAGUUAACUCUCAAAACACGUGAUAAUAAGGAAGGGACAAAAGAAGCUGAUAGUAGUCAACACGUUCCCAAAUUAACUAAAUCAAUUAAGUCGUCUCGCCAUAACUUGGAAAUGAAGGGACAUUUCCGACCGUCUUCGCGAUCUACUGCUAUAAAUACUUUCAAAAAUACAGAUUUGAAUAAUGACUAUCAGGAUGAAGACGUCGGAUUCUGUAUGGUUUCUCCGGAAAAGAGUCUAAAACCUGAAAAGGUAAGUUGAUCCAAACUGGUUCUCUUUUGCCAUAUACUUUUUUGAUCUAACCAAUAAUCUAGUGGGUUGAUCAUAUGUCUAAUAAUAAUAAUUUCUUAGCAUUUACUGGAUUUGUCGAAUGGUCUACAUGGUCCUAUCUAUAAAGCACUACGCAGUCUGUACAAACACUAGUUCUAAUUAACUGUGAGAUUAUUUAGCAAGUCAGUACAUGCCUGUGUUGUGAUCUUGUUACUGAAGGUCCCUUGCUUUUGAUGAAUUUCUAACAUUAGAGAGCGGUUACUCGCUCACAACAAUUCUUGUAUCAUUUAAUAUGACAAAAAUAAUUCACCAAGACUACCAAUUAAAAAGUUAAAUAAAUGACUGCCUCUAAAGUAAUAUUUUCUUUUAAGUUUCAAUUGUAAACGUUUACAUUCUUAUUUGAAUUUAUAUUGUGACUUUGAAACUUGUCAAAGAUCCUCACAUAGACUACCUAAUCAGUUGGUUCGUCGAAAGUGUAGCUUCGUUUAAAAUAUGCCUAAAUAAGAAUGUCCAAUUCGUUUUAAACUACUUACGUUCGGUUAACCGACACAUUGCUGUUGAUUUCUAAAGAGUUCCAUGUAUAUCGUAAUGAACUUUCCAAGGAUCUUGACAACAUACAUGUUAGAAAAUGAUAAUAAUCACAUUUAUUUUUUCGUUUUUGUUUAUAAGAAGUUCCUUCUAGUUUUAACUACCUUAUUGCUAUCGUAGCCUUUUACUUAACUAUAAAAUACCUGUGUAUGUAUGAAGUCUCGGUGUUCGCGUUUCUGAUCUGAAUGGCAUUCAAUCCUUUCUAAACAGUUUAUUUCGUAGCUAUUGGUUUUAUUAUCUGAUUGGUAAAUCUAAUAAAUACAAACGCUGGAACUUUUCGCCAUUCUUAGUCAAGUUAACUAAACCUACAUGUACGUUACUUUCAAGCUUCUUUAGAGAUGAGGAAAAUGUCAGUCUUUGGAAGUUUGGCUAGUAAGAAAUCAAGUUAUAGGUCGAAGUAACAAUAGUGUUCGUAUGGUAUGUAAAUCAGUGUUUUUGCAGCUAAAUUGUUCAUCCGUUUCCUUUUUUAGGUAACCGGAAUUCUGCGCGUUC